GCCCCGCCCCACGCCGGAAGUUCCGGUGGCGGAUCGCCGACCGGGCGGAGCUGAUCGCUGCGCGGGCUGCGAGAGCUAGGUGGCCGGGCGCGGAGCCCAAGCCGUGCCGCGCGGCGCCAUGAAGGGCAAGGAGGAAAAGGAGGGCGGCGCGCGGCUGGGCACUGGCGGUGGCAGCCCCGAUAAGAGCCCGAGUGCGCAGGAGCUCAAGGAGCAGGGGAACCGGCUCUUCGUGGGCCGCAAGUACCAGGAGGCGGCGGCCUGCUACGGCCGCGCCAUCACCCGGAACCCACUUGUGGCAGUGUACUACACCAACCGGGCCCUGUGCUAUCUGAAGAUGCAGCAGCCUGAACAGGCACUUGCUGACUGCCGGAGAGCCCUGGAGCUGGAUGGGCAGUCUGUGAAGGCGCACUUCUUCCUGGGGCAGUGCCAGCUAGAGAUGGAGAGUUAUGAUGAGGCCAUUGCCAAUCUGCAGCGAGCCUAUAGUUUGGCCAAGGAGCAGCGACUCAACUUUGGGGAUGAUAUCCCCAGUGCCCUUCGCAUUGCUAAGAAGAAGCGUUGGAACAGUAUCGAGGAACGGCGCAUUCACCAGGAGAGUGAGCUGCACUCUUAUCUCACCAGGCUCAUUGCUGCUGAGCGAGAGAGGGAACUGGAAGAGUGUCAGAGGAACCACGAGGGUGAUGAGGAUGAUGGCCACGUCCGGGCCCAGCAGGCCUGCAUUGAGGCCAAGCACGAUAAAUACAUGGCAGACAUGGAUGAGCUCUUCUCUCAGGUGGAUGAGAAAAGAAAGAAGCGAGAUAUCCCGGACUACUUGUGUGGCAAGAUCAGCUUUGAGCUGAUGCGGGAGCCCUGCAUCACACCCAGUGGUAUCACUUAUGACCGUAAGGACAUUGAGGAGCACCUGCAGCGUGUGGGCCACUUUGACCCUGUGACCCGGAGCCCUCUGACCCAGGAACAGCUCAUACCCAACUUGGCCAUGAAAGAAGUCAUUGAUGCAUUCAUCUCUGAGAACGGCUGGGUAGAGGACUACUAAGGCCCCAUGUCCUGCCUGGCACCCUGGCCCAGGAGGGUCUGGAGACAGAAGCUCCAGUCCCUGUAUAUAGUUUGUGUCCCUGGGCCUGCCCCCAUCAGUCCUGCUGAUGGGUUCUGAACUGCUCCCCUACUCGGCAUACCCCUUGCUGGGCCAUGAGCCUCCCCUGUCCCCCUUCUGGGCUGGAAAGCGGGUAAGGGUGGGCUGAGGUUGCUGCUGCUGCCGCCACUGUCCUGUAAUAAAGUCUGUGAGCACUA